GCGGCGCCAUAAAAAGUUUUCUGGGAACCGGAGCAAGUUCUUGCUCCGAUGCCCCGUUCUAGCAUUGCAAUAGAAUAUACUACCAUCUGUACUUGCUGCUCCGAUGCCCCAUUUUUCUGAAGGUGGACGAGAGGAACUGGCGUGAAGGAUUGACCAGAGGUUGGCUUGCUUUGAUUUUUCUAUAUACAUGUGGGUCCCAUCAUUCUACGGGCUACACCCGCACGUUGUGAGGCCGGUGCCAAAGAAAUAAUUUACCAGGGCAUCGAUGCCCAGUCUACUAUAUUUUAACAUGCCGGGCAAUGGAAGGCCUUAUGGUAGCUACACUGGUGCAGCUACCCUCUGAUCCACUACCACCAGCUUGACACGCCUCCGCACGUAUAUAUUAUAACCGCACGCGGCUAGCAGACGAUCCAUUCAUCCUCACCGGCGUUGGUGAACGCCAGCACGGGCUGCGCGUGCCUCCUCCUCACCGGCAGCGUGCCUCUCGGCGGCGUGCCGGUCAACCGCACGCUCGCCGUCACGCUGCCCAGGGCCUGCAACUCCAUGGCCGUCCCGCUUCAGUGCAAAGAUGCGUCGGCGCAGCUCCCGGCUCCAGCUCCGGGCCCCGUCGCGACCUCGGCGGCAUCUCCCGCCAUGCCCCCGCUGCUGGCGCCGGCGUCGCCGUCGGGAACCACCGUGGCGACCCCACCGGCGGGGAGCCAGAGCCAGGGGCAGACGAGGCCGCAGGUGGCGCCCAGCUCUGCCUGGAGAGACGGUGCUCAUGUGCCUGCGUUGUUCGCAGCGAUCCUCGCAGUUGGAGCCAUGCUGGUUUGAGUUGAGCCGGACAAGAAUUCAACGUUGCUGCUGCAAUACGUGUUUAUUACUAGCAUGUGUUUUAUGUGCUUGUUUGGUAGUAGGAGAGUGUACAUUGGCUCUUUGUAUACACAUUCUUUUGGUUGUGAUUUCAAACAAUAAUAUAUGGAUUGUUGAUUA